AUGUUAACUAUUCCACGUGAAUCUAAUUUGUUUAAAUAUACUGAUGAUUAUUAUCAUAAUCCUCAUAGUAACUCUUUAAUUAAUUUCAACAAUAAUCAUCAACAACAUGUUAUACAACAUCAAAACAAUCAAUCAACUCAUACUUUUCUAAAUGAUCAAUUAGAUAUUGAACACAAAUCUAUUGAACUUAUUGAACAUGAAUACUUGAAUAAAAAUAUUAUCACUAAUACAAUAACUGAUAAACUAGAUGUUUCUGAAAAUAAUCGAAAUUGUUUAACUCCAAUAGUACCUACCAUAAUAUUAACUAAUUUAAAUCAAAAUAAUCAACAUCAUACUGAUCUUCAAUCAAAUCAGUCAGUAAUUGAAGAUAAUUCCUCUAUUAUCACUUCGUCAUCUUUAGAUAUAUCAGUAACGAAUUCCAUUUCAUUAUCAUCUUCUUUAUCAUCAUCAUCAUCAUCACACAUUGAUUAUAGACCUUCUAAUAGUAAUAGUAAUGAAAGACUUUUUCAUACAAGUGAAUUCUCAAACAAUAUUCAUAAUAGUAAUGAUAGUAAUAAUAAUAGAUAUCCAUUGUAUAAUUUACCAUUUUCAAUGGAUUAUUGUUCCAAUAAACUUAUUCGACAAAAUGAUGAAUGGAAUAGAAUUUUUACUUCAGAGAAAAUGUUACAGAAUACCACUACUAUAAAUGAAUAUUCAAAAGUUAAACAAUCCAAUGAUGUAUUAACCACAAUGAAUUCCGUAUAUGAUGAUCAAGCACUUUAUAGACAAUCUUCACUAAUAAAUCAUCAACCCCAUGUUCAAUGUAUCAAUGAUUACGAGAAUUCAUUGUCAAAAACAAAUGGGUUUAACACAAGGCAAUCAAAUUCAGAUCAACAAAAUAACUCGUAUAGUAAUUACUAUUUUCACAAUCAGAAUAAUGAUAUUAUUGACCAUAAUAAUAAUAAUAAUAAUAAUAAUAAUAAUAAUAAUAAUAAUAAUAAUAAUAGUAAUAAUGAGUUGGAUAAGAAAGAAUUACAAAACAUGAGGAAUAAAAAAUCCGAUUUCAUUUUAAUACGUCAGCGUAAUAGACGUAAACCGCGUAUUUUAUUUUCACAAACACAAAUUUACGAGUUAGAACGUCGAUUUAAGCAACAACGUUAUUUAUCCGCUCAAGAACGUGAACAAAUGGCGAAUAAUUUGAAAAUGUCAGCACAACAAGUAAAAAUCUGGUUUCAAAAUCGUCGGUAUAAGUUAAAAAGACAGGUCCAAGAUAAAAAUUUGGAAGAAGCUAGUGCAUUACAUCAUCAUUUACAAACUUAUUCUAUACCAUUAUUACAACAGUCAACGGAAUUAUGUAACCAUGCUACAUCUAUAACUAAUUCGUCAUUAUAUAAUAUUGUUAAUCAGGUAGAUGAUGUUUGUCAUCAAAUUCAAAAUCGUACACGUUUUCCUGAGUUGAAUUCAUAUGAAUGGGCAAAUAUAUUUUCUCAAACAUACAAUAACAACACUACAACCACUGUUACUACCAUUAAUAUUUCAAAUAAUAGUAGCAACAACAUUUCUUAUUCAAUGGAUUCAAAAUUUUCAAAUCCAUUGAUUAAUUCCGAUAAGACAAUUAAUUCUUUAACUAAUUUCAAUGAAGAAAAAUCUACUAAAUAUCCAAGUCAUUUCUCAUCAUUAUCUAAUUACUCAGAUACAAAAUCAUUACCUCAUCAUUUCAAUGAGAAUACUGUUACAGAUUUAAGUUAUACAACUCAUCAAACUAGAUCAGCUUUAUCGUCACUGUUACCAUUAUCUAAAUUACAUCAAUUUCAUUUAGAUUUUGAUUCAAUGAAUGAAUCUAACUUUUUAUCAACAUAUAAUGAACAAAAAUUCAAUCAUCCUAAUACUUCAUUAUCUCAAUUUGAUUAUACUCAUGAACAGAAUAACAUUGAUGAACAUCAUGUUACUAAUCAAUUUACAAAUAAUUUUAAUGUAAUUGAUAUUAAUCAUAAUAACAAUAAUAUUAAUAACAAUAGUAAUUACUUAUAUAAUCAUAAUGAUUCUAUAGAAAUUCUAAACUCGAACUCUACAUUUAACAAUAUAACUCCAAAAAUAGAUUUAUCCGUUUCAUUUUUAAAUAAUUUCAAAAAUCAAUCAAAUCAAUCUUUAAAUAAUUUUUAUGAUAAUUAUUUUAUUAUGAAAAAACAUUUACAAUCAUUAUCAACUUCAUCACAAUUCACAUCAACAAUUACUAUAACUACAGGAUUUCCAACAACAUCUAUAACUAAUCAAUCACAGAAAUCAAUUACAGAUAUAUCGAAUACAAUAGAAUCUAAUAUGAAAUUAGAACAAUUACAUUAUAAUCCUGAUUGGUUUUCAAAUAAUUUAUUUAUUUCAUCAAAUCUAUCGAAUUAUUCUAAUAAUGAAUUCAUUCAGUCAACAACUAAAGAUCAUUCUGAAGUUAAUCAUACUACUACUACUACUACUAACAAUAAUAAUAAUAAUAGUAAUAAUAUAUUACCAUUAUCAAUAUAUAAUGAUGAAUAUAAUAAAGAAUUAAAUGAUAAUAAAUUUUCAAAUUCUAUAAAUAAAAUAAAUUUAGAAUAUCAAACUGUAUUAAAUGUAGCUAAAGCUGCAUUUCAAUAUGAAAAUAUAAUUUUAAAUAAAAAAACCCCGCCAUUUACAAAUUUGACAAUUUCAAAUAUAAAUGAACAGAAAAACAAUGAAGAAAUUAUUGAUUAUCAUAAAAAACAAACGAAUGAAGAAGAAGACGAAGAAGAUAAUGAUGAUGAUGAUAAUGAUAAUGAUGAAUAUAUUGUUUAUCAUGAUUAUCAAUAG